AUGAGAGUCGACCAUCCAGCGGAAGAAGAGCCAACCGCAAAAGACAUUCUGCAGGCCAUCUGGGACCUUGGGAGCAAGUUUGACCUCCUUGCCACUAAUGAGAGGGUGGAUGCAUUGGAUGCCAAGGUCAAUUCGGUGGAGGAAGUCUUUGGCCAUUGGCUGGCAACUUUAGAGCGACUCAUAAAUUCAUCCGAUGCACAAUGGAAGGCUAUGUCAUCGUCGGUCGGGCAUUUGUCAAAUUGUCUCCGGGACCACAAAGACGACCUGGAAGCCCAUCGACCUCGUGUAAACACUACGGCCUAUGCUCCUCCACAGCACCCGACCGCUCAGCUUCCGGGGUGGCUCCAUGGCACUGGGGGUGUUGAUGAUGUGGGCAUCUCUACGGUCGGCAGACAGUGGACGCAUGCAUGGGACCCAUCUGUAGCGACUGGUGUGCAAGGCUGCUUCGAAACAUCCGCAUCGGCUGCACGGACAGGUUAUCCUCAUGAUACCCCUGUUAUUCGCGCAAAUUCAAUCGAAUCAUCCCGAUUGUCCAGCACGCUGUCCGCAAUGUCCGAUAAUUUCAUAUCUGAGUUCGCAAUGUCAACCAAGGAUGGCGGUACUUAUGAUCAUCUCCGAUGCAAAUUGCAUUUCUUGAUCCAAGGGACAUUUCAUUUGGCAGAAAAGGCUGCCCAACGGAAGUUCUCGGAUACCAAUAUGUGCAAUAAUGUGAUGGUCGACAAAGAAUCUGCAAUUGAUUGA